AUGGAUGCUGUCGUUGACGAAGAAGUUGCAUUCACUAAAUCCCUAGGAAGAGGGCCUAUAUUUUAUUAUGGCAUAGGACACAUGCUCAAUGACAUAACUGCUGCUUGUUGGUUCACCUAUCUGUUAUUGUUCUUGACAGAUAUUGGAUUUUCACCAAGGAAUGCAGCUAUUGUGAUGCUUUCAGGUCAAGUGGCUGAUGCAUUUGCCACUGUAUUUGUUGGUGAACUGAUAGACAGAUUUGGACGUUUCAAGAUAUGGCACGGUGCUGGAUCUUUAUUGGUGGCUAUUUCAUUUUCUUCAGUUUUUGGUCGUUGUCUACCAUGCACAAUUCUUACUUCUGAUUCAAAUGCUUUUGAAACCGUGAGUUACAGCAUGUUUGCAGCAAUUUUCAACUUGGGAUGGGCUGCUACUCAGGUCUCACACAUGUCCAUGGUGAGUUGCAUCACACUGAACGCAACAAGCAGAGUUGCAUUGGCUAGCUGUCGCAAUGCUUUUACCAUGGUUGCCAACCUGAGUCUAUAUGCAAUUGCUUUGAUAGUAUUCACUGUCGUUAACGGAAAAACAUAUGCCAAUGUUGAGAAUCAGUACCGUUGGAUUGCAUAUGUCUCGAUUUUUAUAGGAUGUUGCUUUGUGGGCAUAUUUCAUCUUGCGACGAAAGAGCCCAGUUUGCAAAUGGACAUAUACGGAAAGACUCGUGGAAGGAUUUCAUGGGCUUACUGGUUCAAGAGAGUUUUAUAUUACCAAGUUGCUAUUAUUUAUGUCCUCACGAGAUUAGUUCUCAACGUUUCUCAGGCCUACCUUGCUUUCUAUGUGAUCAAUGACCUACAAAUGGCACAAUCAGCCAAAGCUUUGGUUCCUGCUAUCAUAUACAUCAGCAGUUUCAUUGUAUCUAUCGCAUUACAGGAGAUUGCAUGGACAGGCAAACUUCUCAAGACUUACUUUUCUGCUGGAUGCAUUCUUUGGAUUUUGUGUGGCACAGUGAUCAUGCUUUUAACUAAGCAUACGAGUUAUGCCAUGUACAUAAUUUCAGUAUUUAUUGGCAUAGCAAAUGCCCUCAUGAUGGUAACUGGUGUAAGCAUGCAAAAUUUUCUAAUCGGAGAGAAUCUUAAUGGCUGUGCUUUUGUUAUUGGUUCAUUGAGCUUUCUGGACAAAAUGUCUUGUGGGAUUGCUUUAUAUAUUCUUCAGUCUUAUCAAAAUGUCUCUCCACAGUUCUUGGUAAUUCAUCAGUACCCACCUUCAAUCACAAGGUUGGGCUUGGGUCUUGUUCCUUCUGUGUGUGCAUUACUUGGUGUGAUAGUAACUUGCACAAUGGACUUCCACCAUCCUUCCAACUCUUUGACAGCACCACUAUUGACAUAG